GCCUUUUUUUUACUGAACCACGCCUAAAUACAUUUGCACAAAUGAUCCCAUGUUUUAUAUUAAUCUGCAUCAGUUUCAAAGGCAAACGAUGAUGAUAGUCGUGUUUAGUGGACCCAGAAUUUACAUUUGUGCAGUUAUAUGAACUGCACGUACCUUCGUGAGAAGUGAUCAAAUUUGAAAUUAUCAACAUUUUCAAAACAGUUUGGUGUUACCUCACUUUGACUGGUUGUGCUGAAGUUGAGGUAUGUUAAGAGCCGUGAAUACUUUAAUACAGUGAAUAUUACAUCCAAAUCAUUUGUGCUAAUGGCUCAUAGAAAGGUCAUAAAUCUCCUUUUCAUAAAGAGCAGUGUUGGUCUGUUCAAGCCUCCUUUUCCGAAAUCUCUGUAUGUUUUUCAACGAGGCAAACAAAUUGCAAAAUUUCAUGAACAUGCCUCAUAUUACAAUGGAAGAACCGCAAGAAUGCUACACAGCGGAACACCGCUGAUGUUGUCUCGGCUGCUGUCUAUGGAUGAGAUUUUCAGCAUGAAGUCAAUGCAGGACUACCUGAAGAAGACGGAGGACGAGUAUAGUGAGUGUUUGAAAGCAGUCAACGACAAUGUGUCAGAGGAGCAGAGCAAGGAGGAGGAGAUGAGGGCCAAAACGGCUCAAGUGUCCCUGCUGCAUCCUCUCAUUGAGUGCACCAGAAAACUGAACAUUAAACAUAAAGAGAUUAUGGAGACAGAGACACUAAUGAAAGAUGAAGAUCCGGCCCUGCAAGAACUGGCUGUGCUGGAGAAAGAAGCUUGUUUGCAAGAUAUUCAGGACCUCAGAAAAAAGAUCCUAGACCUGUUGAUGCCUGAGGAGGUGGUAGAUAUGAGCGAUCUGGUCCUGGAGGUCACCGCUGGUGUUGGGGGUCAAGAAGCCAUGCUCUUCACUGCAGAGGUGUUUGACAUGUACCAGGGCUUUGCUCAGUAUCACGGCUGGUCCUUCGAUAUCCUGGACUACAUGCUCAGUGAGCUAGGCGGAGUGCGUCGUGCCUCAGCCAGUAUCAGCGGUCCGCAGAGCUACAAGAGGAUGAAGUUUGAGGCUGGAGUUCAUCGCGUGCAGAGAAUUCCUAAGACGGAGAAGCAGGGUCGAAUACACACCAGCACCAUGACGGUGGCUGUGCUUCCACAACCCACCGAGAUCUCAUUCACAAUCAAUCCUAAAGAUCUGAGGAUUGAAACUAAGCGAGCGAGCGGAGCUGGAGGACAACAUGUCAACACCACAGAAAGUGCAGUCAGAAUUGUCCAUCUGCCAACAGGAGUGGUUUCUGAGUGUCAGCAGGAGCGGUCUCAGCUGAAAAAUAGGGAAAAGGCAUUGAAAAUCCUCACAGCCAGACUGUACAGCAUGAAGCUGGAGGAGGAGACCAGCAAGCGCUAUAACCAGCGUAAAAUACAAAUUGGCACCAAAGGCAGAUCGGAGAAAAUUCGGACCUAUAAUUUUGCCCAGGACCGGAUAACAGACCACCGGAUGAGCUUGACGCUGCAUGAUGUCAAGAGCUUCAUGCUGGGAGAGGAUCUGCUGGAUGAGAUGAACUCUUCACUGCAGGAAUUCUCCAACCAGGAAAUGCUCAUGGAACUGCUAGAGGACAACAGUGAGGAGAAUUCCUGAAACUGUCAAGGAUUUUCAGAUUUCAGUGCAAUACUAAUCCUGGAAUGUCAGUUAUUCCUACUCUUCAAAUUUUGCUGGAAAAAACAUGAUUCACGAUGGCUUGCAAGGGUAAGAAAACUGCUGAUUUUUGUAAUGGUUAUGUCCAUUCUCUCACAGUUAGAUGUACCAGAUAUCAGUCACUGAACAAC